AUGUAAAUAAGGGCCUGUUGUGUUUUUUAAACAAUGGCCUCUUUGUUAUGAGAGAAUUUGCAUAUGAGCUGAAGGGUGGCAGUUGUUGAUCAGCGGGUCAAAGCUAGGUGCUGGCUCUGAAGACCCCGUGAUCUGAUAUUUAUAGCGGGAGUGAUAAAAAUAGUUGCAGUACAUGUGCGCCUACUCAGGAGCCUGCUGGCUCUACUGUUGUAAAAGCCACCGAAGGCGCACAGACAUUUGACUGAAGUGCAGUUUCUUGUGCAUUGACCCUUUCUGGAUUAACAGAUGAACACGGAGACAGAAGAUGACUUUUAUGAAUCAGGGGACGACUUGGAUGAAGAUGAGGCAGCGCAAUAUAUAAUUGAACAAAGUCUGAUUGAAUAUAGAAAGCUCAAAGGAUUGACUCCAAGUGAUCUGAAACCCAGUGAAGACCCUGAUGAGAUUUUCAAAGCAAUCAAGGAGGGUGAUGAAGAUGCACUGAACAGACUGGCAGUGCAACCAGAGACUCUGUCAAGAGUUGAUGAACGAGGAUGGAUCCCGCUGCAUGAGGCUUCAGCACAGGAGAAUAAAAGCAUACUAGAGAUGAUCUUCUCAGCAUCACCCCCAGGUGCAGCCCAGUGUCGUACUCUAAAGGGUGAGACACCACUGUUUCUGGCUGUGGUUCAUGGACUCAGAGAGAACGCUACAUUCCUGUUACAGAACGCUUGUAGCCCGGAUCUCCAGAAUGAUGAGCAGGAUUCUCCAUUAGUAGCAGCUAUUCUGAAUGACCAGUACGACUUGGCCACACUAUUGCUUCGCUACAAUGCCGCAGUAGACCAAACAGGACCAUUAAACAGGACAGCUCUACACGAGUCGGCCUUUUUAGGCCUGGAGAACUUUGUCUAUCUGCUCCUAGAGUCUGGUGCCAACCCAAAUGCAUGUGACAUCAAAAAGAAAACUCCACUGGCUCUGGCUGCUCAGAAUGGACAUCUGAACGUGGUGGAGAUGCUGUUACAAAAAGGAGCCAAUGUGUGGUGUGAAUCGGAGUCAGGUACUAUAUUGUUUGAUGCAGCAGCAUCAGGAAACCCUGACAUAAUCUCCUUGCUGCUGGAGCAUGGAGCAGAUCCCAACCUAGUACAUCUUAACAGUGGGCACCUGCCAAUUCAUCGUGUGGCCUACCAUGGACACAUACUGGCACUGGAGCACCUCAUCCCAGUGACUAAGAUGGACGCCAUCAAGGAAAGUGGGAUGAGUCCUCUCCAUUCUGCAGCUGCUGGGGGACAUGCCCAUUGUGUGGAGAUGCUGCUCAAAGCUGGCUAUGAUCCAAACUUCAUGCUACACCCAAGGGUGCGCCGCAACUAUGAUGAUGAGCGCAGGUCUUCCCUCUUUUUUGCUGUGUCCAACAAUGAUCUUCAGUGCACCCGCUUGCUGUUAGAGGCUGGGGCAAUGGUGAACCAGGAUCCUAUCAACUGUUUGCAGGUGGCCCUUAGACAGGGCAACUAUGAGCUGAUCAACACAUUGCUGAAGUUUGGGGCAAAUGUAAACUACUACUCCCGUGUCAACACCACUCACUUUCCCUCAGCACUGCAGUACGCCUUGAAAGACGAGGUCAUGCUGAGAAUGAUUCUGAACCAUGGGUAUGAUGUUAAGCGUUGCUUUGACUGUCCGUAUGGUGACAGUUCCCAUGACUACGCUCCUUGGACGACCUCAGUCAUCAAAGACAUGGUGUUCUGUGAGGUGAUAACAGUGUCCUGGCUUAAGCACUUAUCUGCUCAGGUGGUGCGCAUCAUGCUCGACUACACCGACCAUGUCUCCUUCUGCACCAAACUCAAGGACACCUUGGAAGAGCAGAAACAGUGGCUGGAGAUCUGCCACAUUCAAAGGAAUACACGGAGCCUGAAGCACCUGUGUCGUUUGCAGAUAAGGGAGCAUCUCUGUCACCUGCGCUUGAGAGCCCCAGUUUUCAUCAACUUCCUUCCUCUUCCUCCCAGGCUGAAAGAUUACCUACGCUACAAGGAGUUUGAUGUCUACAGCAGGGGCAGCAUGGUUAACCCACAGUGAAAACACAUUUACAGCUGUCACAGAUCUCACUCUGAUAAAGGGACAAAGACAGUCGGUAUCCAUUAUCUGUUUUCCUUGAUAUUGUUUGUUUUGGAAAUAAUGUACUUUUAUGUACUUUUUAGUUUGCAAAAUGUUUUGUACAAAACCUUUGAGUAAAUAAGGUAUUAUUAUUAUUUCACACAUAGAGUCUUAUUGUAAUUUGAGUACUUACUUUUAUAAUGUGAAUACAGAAGAUUAAAUUGAGAAAUGGCAUGAAAGCAUUAGACCAGCACUAUGCAUAAAACAAUUGCACAAUGCUUGAGCCUUCUUUUGAGAUGGA